UGUCAAUUGAUGACUUGCAGCAAGAUGUAUUAUUUGAUUCAUUGUGCUAAUUUGAUGUCAGUUGGAUUAGUUUAUUCAUGGUAUGUUUGUGGACCACACAUAAAUCUACAUCUUAGUAUAUAGAGUUUUGACAAACAGAUAUUCUGCCAUGAUUGUAUUGUGUCACAAUGGAAACAGAAGAUUAUGAGCGCAUUUGUAUCCUUACUCUCUACUUGAUCUUAACUAGUUUUGUGCCUUCUUUUUACUUUCUAACCAGCAGCAAUGAUAAUCACAGGAAGUAUGCUGAAAUAGCAGUAAUAAUCUCCACUGCAGCAGUGCUUCCAAUUACUGGAUAUAUUAUUAAGUUUCGCGAUCAUUUGAAAAUGCAAGAUUUAAUUCUUGAUAACCUUGGAAAUGUUGUAUGCUACAUUUCUAUAUUUGUGGUCACAUAUGUCUUCAUGGUCAUUCAGAAGGAGUUAAGUGGCCAAAACCCAAGAGGAAAGUUUGAUAUUAAAACAAUGUCUUUAAGUAUUUUCAUCUGUACUGUGAUUUGCACCCAAAUGAUUGCAAUGGGAACGUUUCAAUACUUGGUAUUUUCUAUUGCAUUUUUCAUCAUUUUGUACCAUACUGUUGAUAAGCUUUGGAAGCUGUGGUUAGUGGAGCUUGUAGGUGUAGCAGCCCUUCUUCUUGGUGGGAUUAAUCACAGAGUUGUAUUAUGGUUUCAAGAUUCUUUUAUUCCAAUCCAAGAAGUGGUUGAUGCUUUAAGAUAUGUCCGUGCAAAUAUUGCAAGUGAAAUUACUUUAAUUCUAUAUACUUUUGCUGCACUAGCAUACUUUUUACGUCAUUUUUGGAAACCAAGUGAUCACAUCAACAAUAAUAAAAAAGACAAGCUUAUCCUGCUUAUACAAUUUAUUGCUGUUAUGUUUCAACUCUAUAGUGCAUAUGACAUACUUUUUGAAGUGUUGUGCUUAUAUUCCAUUCAAGCGCAUAUUCACAAGAAAGGAGUGAUUAAUAUCUUUCGAAUUGGAUUAAAUGUGACUAUGCUCUUAAUGUGUUGGUUUCCACAUGACUUCCAGCUAAGGCAUGAUUAUUUACAUGUAUUAAUACCCAUUGCAGGGACAAUACUGGAAUUUGUGGAAAACAAUUACAUGUAUAGCCUAGCUAUGGGUUCAUUACUUUCCUUCUUCAUUUUUCCGACAGUGUCAUCCAUGCAUCCAGUACUUUCAUUAUACCUGCAAUAUUAUUUGACAGUAAUAUAUUCUUUUGUUCAUAUACCCCUUCUUUUUGGCGGGAUAACUACAUGUGUUUGCUCUUUUGUUGUGUCCUUAGUCAUACAUUACUAUUAUAUUUAUUAUCCCAUUUCAGAUCUAGAGAUAAAUUCAAUUAUAUGUAAUUUGAGUUUAUUUGUUGCACUUACUGCCAUUGUGGGAAUAAUAUAUCAUACAUAUAUGUUAUGUAAAGGUGCAAGCAGGGAUGGAAAUUUACAUGAUAAUACACCCAACGACUCAACAAGUCAAUCAAAGAAGCAAACUUAGCAAGCUGUUUAUAGUGACACUAAAGUUUAUUAUUAGAUUCUAUUUUUAUAGGUUAUAUAUAGCUUAGCAAGUUUUUAUAUUAUGUGCUGCAAAAUAUUACUUUAAAUAUUGGCUUAUUUUGUCACA